AUGAUUGUGUGGCGUAUUUGGUUGGCUCGAAAUGAUGUUCUUUGGAGCAACAAAUCGACAAAAGUUUCAGAGGUGAUUCGUUCGGCUAAGACUAAUCUUGACACAUGGAAAAAUGCUCAAUCAAAGGAUUUAAUACCAUUACUGAAUGUUAAUUUUAGUAAUGGUAGGGAGCAUUGGAUGAAACCAGUUACAACUAAUUCAAAUCGAUUUCCAGCUUCGAAGAUAGCCCUGUCGACGUUGAUCUUGAGCUUAGUUGUAAGGGUAUCUCCUGAGAUUGCUGAAGUGGUUGGAGUGAAGGAAGCUUUGAGUUGGAUAAAGUUGAGAAAUUUGUAUGAUGUGGAAAUUGAAACUGAUUCUUUAGUAGUUGUUCAGGCUAUUAAUGGUUCAGUUCAAAUGCCAUCUCAAUUUGGUUUACUUAUUCAAGAUUGUCAAAUGCUUCUUUCAGCAUUACAUAAUGUCUUUAUUUCUUUUGUUAAACGAUCUGCAAAUAAGGUCGCUUAUUGCAUUGUGAGAUGGUUUUGUUUUAUGUGUUGGAAUUCUCUACAGUUCUUCCAAUUACAACAUUAA